AUGGAGGAAGACGACGAGUUCGGCGACCUCUACACCGACAUCCUCAUCCCUACUCAGACCCCCGCAUCCACCUCCGCGCUAUCCAACCCUGUUCCAGUCGAAACCCUACCCCGCCAGCCUCCAAACCCUAAUCCUCCCCCCUUGGCGGCGGCAGCGGAGGAGGAGGACGAUGACUGGCUCCUAGGAGGGAGCGACCCCAUACCCGGGGUCGAUCCGACCGGCGAUUGGGCCGACGAGGACGACGAUGGAGGCGAGCCCGCACCUCCCGCGAAGCGGCCCACCUCUGCGGAUGAUAUCGAUCCGCUCAUGGGUGGUGGUGCGGGCGAUUCCGGGCCGGCCAUACCUGGGCUCUCGUCGUCGGUGGCAGCUGGUGCGGCCGGGAGCGACGAAUGGGACAGCGAUAGCGAAGACGACAUCCAGAUCGUGCUCAACGAGACCGAUGGCCGCCGGGGGCUCGGGGAGGAUGAAGGAGACGACGAAGACGGUGAGGACCUCGUCAUCGUCGCCGAUGGACCACACAUCACCGGGAUGGAGGAGCAGGACUGGGGAGAGGACCCAGCAGCGGCAGGGGCAGAAGGAGAGCGAAAGGACGGAGGUGAGCCUGGUAAGACGGUGGCGGCACCGGGCGGAAGGAUCGGGUACAGUGGCGGCGGCCCAGGGUUCCAUCAGCAGCACCAUUCCAUGUUCAAGUAUGUACGCCCUGGCGCUCCUUCAGUAGGUGGGGUACCUGGUGGUCCUGGUCAGUUCCGCCCUCCUGGGCCUUCAGGCCCUUUCUCUGGUCGUGGUAGAGGUGACUGGAGGCCUGCUGCUGGUCGAGGCAUGAAUAAAAGUUUUCAUUCAGGCUAUGGAAUCACUUCAUGGGGUGGUUCAGGGCGCGGUUUUGGUGGUGGACUAGAUUUUGCACUUCCUCCUCACAAGACAAUAUUUGAUAUUGACGUGGAAACCGCAUUUGAGGAGAAGCCAUGGAAAUUCCCUGGUGCUGAUAUUUCAGACUUUUUUAACUUUGGCCUUGAUGAAGAGAAGUGGAAAGAUUUUUGCAAGCAGCUGGACCAACUUCGACUAGAAUCCACAAUGCAAUCUAGAAUACGGGUGUACGAAAGUGGCCGCUCCGAACAGGAUUAUGACCCAGAUUUGCCACCAGAGCUAGCAGCUGUGACUGGUCAUCCAGACAUCUCUGCCGACAGUCGCAAUAAAACGGAUAACGGCCAUACAGAUUUUAGUGCCCAAGGAAGAGGUCCGGCAAACGUGCGGACGCCAGUGAUGACAGGGAGAUCUAUACAAGUUGAAACUAAUUACACAGACCGGUUUCCAUCUGUUGAUUCACGCCCUCAUCGAAUGCGUGAAUCAGAUUCUGUUAUUGAGAUUGUGUGCCAGGGCCGUGAUUCAAUGGAUGAUGAGACAGUGGACCAAACUGAAAAGGAUUCUCAAGGAGGUAAUAAAGGAGUCCAUGAUGUUGAGGAGGGAAAGCCGUUUCCAUCAGAUAAGAUUAAUAAUUCUGGCCAUAACUCAAAUUCGGUGAUAAAGACAGAACAUAAGAGACAGCUACCAGUUUCAUCUGAAAGUGAUAUGUUAUCCACGGAUGUCAAUGCUCAUUCCCCUCCCAGCUACAAAACAAGAGGUUCUCCUCGUGGAGCAAGGUCAUUGAAAGGAAGCUCACUGGGUCAGAACUCUAUUCGAGAAAUUGAAAGCUCCAACGAAGUAAUACCUCGUCAGUCAUCUUCAAAGAGACGCCAUGAUUCCCGGAAAAAGAACCUUGUUGAGGGCUCAGAAAAUAAGGGUGAUUCAGAAGGGUCACUUGCUGCUAAUGAUGACGUGGCAGAUAAACUGAGUACAGAAGAUCAUUUUGAUGGCGGUGGUGGUGGUGGUGAUGAUGAUGAUAAGCUUGCAUUGGUUGGUAGUGUUGAAGUGGAUGGUGAUGAUGCUACCUCAGACCCCAACACGCCUAGCGAUGCAAAUGAGGAUGAUAACCUGGUUCACUCUGAUAAAAAGCAGAAACAUAUAUCUGUGGUUGAGCAACCUACUGGACACAAUAGUAGUGAACCUGAUGAAUUGAGGACUAGUGAAAAUAGUAAAGGGAGGUCUGGUAGCAGCAAAGAUCAGCAGAAACGCCUUGAAUCUGGUGAAGAAGUUCUCCAAGAUAGGCAAUCAAGGAUAGUAAAUAAUGUAAGAAGGCAUCAUGACAUGGAAGAACACAACCUCCGCCGAAAAGAUGAGUACUCACGAGAUGUAAAAUCAGAUUUGGAAAGAUCACAUUUACCCUCCAGAGGCAGGGAAGAUAUCCACCAAUCUUAUGCAAACAGAGAUCGGGUUGACAUGCGGGGUAGGAGUUAUGAUAGGGUAAGAGAGACAGAAAUUUUGCCAAGGAGAGAUGAUGGUGAUCACAGCCGACGUGCUAAAGAGGAAGAUUUGAGGCUAGAGUACAAUGUUGAAGGUGGUGCAAGGCAUAGAAAUAAGGUGAGGCCCAUCGAUAGGAAUGAUAGAGAUGAAGAUCAUUCACGGAAGCGUUUGGAUGAUGGCGACUGGAGAGGCUCUCGACAAAGAGAGCGUGGUGAUGUGGUUUUGAAUCGCCGUGAAAGUGACGAUUCUCAUAUAAAGAGAAAUAAGGACGAUGAGAACUUGCGGAGGUUGAAGCCUGAAAAUGAAGACAUGGUCGUGGCACACGGUUAUAGAGCAAGGGAUGAUAAUAACAGAAGAAAAAAAGAGAGGGAUGAUGGAAUUGAUCAGAAAAGGCGAGAUGAUAGUGGUAGACUGCGGGAGAAGGCUGAUGAUCGUUAUCAUGCCAAACAGAAGGAUGACAACUGGAGACAAAGAGAAAGGGAGGAUAGACAGAGGCCUAAGCAUGAAAAUGCAUUAACCGUUCAAAGGGAAGAAGGAAGAGGAACCAGUCGGGGUAGUCGGAUGAUGGAUGAUAAGUUAGUCAGUGGUGGUAGGAAGAAGGAUGAACCAAGAUCUUCAGUAAUGAGCAAAGACACUCAAGAGCGUACCAGGAAAAAUGAACCUUCGAGGAGAGGUCAGGGCGUGGAAGAAAACAACGUGCAGAAUAAAGGGCGUUCUGAUGUACAUCCACGUGAUGACAAUUCAAACAGUGAGAGGAACUCCAGGCAAGAAAAACAAAACAAUAAUCGUCUAUCUGGCAGUUCUGAUGCUCGCCACACAGGUAGAGAUAGGCAUAGGGAGAGCACAAGAAAGGGCAGAGGUUCCGAGCUUGGUGAGCAUGAUCACAGAUCGAGCAAAAGGAGACGUGAAGACCAUGAAAGCCAUCGCAGUGGGAAGGUUGAAACAAAAGAAGUGAAUGAACAAGAGAGUAGUAGAGGUCAUGCAACAUUAUCCAAGAAGAGCCAGAAUCCUCAGCCAGAUAAUUCAUUAGUGAAUCAAGUGGAAGAAGACGCCAUAUCAGAUGAUGAAAACCACGAGGAUUCUAGAAGGGGUCGCUCUAAGUUGGAGCGAUGGACAAGCCACAAAGAGAUAGAAUAUAGUAAUAUCGAUGAUGAUAGCACACAGACAUUUCCUACCAUCAAAGCUGAUAUUGAAGCUGAUGAGGUAGGUAAAUCUGAAGUUUCUGCUGCAGUUGGCAACUCAGACAUCAAUAGCAAUGUUGAUACUGGGCAGACAUCUGAUAAGAUGACUGAAGAGCGUGAGCGUGACCGACAUCUAGACACAGUUGAGAAGCUCAAGAGACGAAGUGAGCGUUUCAAACUUCCCAUGCCUGGCGAGAAGGAUGCACCUCAAAGCAAAAAGGUGGAUACCGAAGUGCAGCCUCCCCAAAAUGAAUCUGCUGCUGCUGAUAUGGAAGUGAAGCCAGAGCGGCCAGCUCGCAAGAGGAGAUGGACUGGGAGUUAG